AUGGACGCCGCUAUUGAGGCUACGCUGGACGCUGCCGAGAGUGAGCGCCCCGGGUGGUGCCCGCCUGCGCCUCUGCUGGUGGCGCGGGCACGGAGGUCUUGCUGCGCCUGCGCUGCCGUCCUGGUCCACCCGCCUGCUGCUGGGGACGGGCUGGGCACCAAUGCUGGCGAUGGCGGCGGAUCGCAGUCAGAGUCGUCAGUGGUCCCGGUUUCACAGGUAGAUCCGGAUCCGGUUGCUGGGACGGCUGGCGGCUCUGCGGGCGUCGUGGUCUGUCCAGGAUGCAGGCUGGCGGUGUACUGCUCGCGGGCAUGCGCUGUGGCGGAUACGGCGCGCCACGAGCCGCAAUGCGCCCGCCUCCGCCAUCCGGACCAGCCAAAAGUGCUGCUGGCGACCGAGGCGCUGCUGACGGCAGCGGCCGAGGCGGAUGAUCCCGAUGAGGCCAUGGCCAUGCUCGCGCCGCUGGCGGUGGCGCAGCCAGACAAUCCAUCGGUGAUGGUCGGCUACGCUGAAGCCAUGCUUGCGGCUCUCCGUAGAGAUCGCGCCAUUGGGGCACCGUCGUGGCGGACGGCUGGCCGGAAGCAGGCCGCACUGGCCUUGCUCCGCGAUGUGGCGAACAUGCCGUCGGCAGCAGGCCGGGACAUGGCCGUCCUCGCGCACAUUGUUCACGCCGAGGCAAACGAGCCCGACGUGAGUCCUCCUGUUCGCCGCGAUCUGUUGCAGGAGGCGCACGCGCACUACCGGGCUGCACAGAGCAAUGCCGUUCCGCUUGACGACCCACACAUGCUGCUCGACAUGGUUAGCGUUGUCCGGGCUCUGGUCGACGCCGGCCCACCACCGCAGCGCAAGUCGGACCUCCUGUUCGAGCUCCUCACUACUGCACUUGAUACGCUCGAGCUGCCGGCGGUAGCGGCUCUUGAUGACCGCGAUCCGCUUCCGGCCACGUUGCACUGUAUGUAUGCCAGGGCGCUCGUCGAGUACGACGCGUUCCGCUCGUCGAUGCUGAUGGGAACGGUCAACAACGACCUCGACAGCUCGGGCGCAAGCGGGCCGCGGCUGCAGCCCAAGGUCAAGGCCUCGAGCGGAUCAACGUACCUGGCGUCGCGGCAAGAGAACGAGCGCGCCGAACGGCUCCACUGGGGAGCUUCGGACUCGGUCUUUGACGCCACCAUCCCGCAUCUGGAGAUUGUGCUCGAUUCGAGCCACCGCGGAGACCAUCUCGCUUGCUGCGGUGUCGCCCUCCUCCGUGCCUACGGCAAGGCCAACAAGUACUCUCGUGGCGCCGAGCUUGCUCACGAGCUCCUGACAUCGCCGGUUGCCGAGUACUCAGCGCCAUUGCACCUCUACGCCGCGCGCAUCUUUGUCAGCGGCUUUGCCGACAUGGACGGAGCAGCGCGUCACUUUCAACGCGCGGUCGAGCUUGCUCAACCCGACUUUGCUAUCCGCGCCAACUUUGGCUACGCCUCGUUCCUGGCGCAUAAUGCUGGCGAUGCCGAGGCUGCGGGCGUCGCCUUUGGCAAAGUGCUCUCGCUGCAAGCCGUCGCGCCCAACGAUCCGACCAUUCGUGCGCAGGUCCGCAACGUCGAGCUGCCGCAGCUGCGGCGGCUCUCGCUUGUUUCCAACGUCGGCCUCCAGCCAGACGACGGCACGGCAGGCGUCGGCGUCGGCGUUGCUCUCUCGUGAGCUGUUUACCAGCUGCUACUCGAGCACGCCGCGCGCGCGCUGGAGGCUGCGGUGAUCGAACCGAACCGCGACAACGACGUCGUCAGUCUCCGGCGCCACAAUCUGCAUGUGGACAGGCUGCCCGUUGAGGUACUUGGCUGCUGAGAGCCGGAGAGGGCCGAUCGAGAGCCGGAACGUGUUCCAGUCGAGCACGUCGCCGUAGGCCUCAAAGCUGUACUCGGCACCCGGCCGAAAGGUAAACGCGCCGCGGUGCUCCUC